GUGAAAAUGUCAUUUAUCGUGCACGGACACAAAAAAAUUAAAUAUGAACCUUUCCCAGAAGCAAGCACGUACGCAAAACGACGGCCCAUAACUAAAGCUUACUCUUUGGAUGCGGUGAAUCUUCUGAUUAGUAAUUUCGUGGACCCUACAGCUCGCCGCUCCGGUCAAGGAAGAUCACAUUUUAAACAAAUAGAAAGCCGAAGUUUGGAUACUUUGAAAAGCGAGAAGCAGAAAUGCAAAAAUGCCAACGUUCAAAUAGACCUAGAGAUGGACCCCCGAAAAAGCGCGACGUUUUCGAGGCUGAAGAGAAAAUUGGAAAAUAUGAAAAUUUUCUACCCGGAUAUCUACUACAGCGAUAAGAAUAUCAUAGAAAUGUGGGGUACGCAGAGAGAGCUCAGUCAGGUUAAUCUCGAGCUUUUGGACUACGACAAGGAUUCGCCUGCAUGGCUGUGGAUAUAAGAGCUUUUGUAAAAAAAAAUUGUUCAUUCACAAUUUUCAUAUCCACGUUAACAGAAUUUCCCGUUUAAAAUAUUUACUCAGCUGCAAGAUCUUCAAUUUUGGUGCUAAAUGUGGGUUUUGAUUUUUCUGUUUGAACGAAUUUAUGUUGCUAAAGUUUUAAAUGGUCAUUCGAUGUUCAAA